AUGCUGUCGCUCAUCUUCACGGUGCUCUUCGUGCACGUCGCAAUCUACCUGGUCAACACGAUCGGCGCAACCACAAUCGACAGUCUGCUAUGGCACCUCUACCUCAAACUCCCAACCUCGACCUCGAGAAAGGCCCGCGAACAGCAGCGCAAGAAGCAAGAGGCCGUCCAGCUCAAGCGCGAGAUGAACAAUACCAGCUCACAGGACGAGUUUGCCAAGUGGGCCAAGCUCCGAAGAAGACAUGACAAGAGCAUGGAGGAGUACGAAGCGAUGAACAAAGCAGUUUCGUCCCAAAAAUCCUCCUUCGAUUGGGCUGUCAAAAUCGCCCGCUGGCUCAGCACAACCGGCCUCAAGAUCUUUCUCCAAUUCUGGUACUCCAAGACCCCCGUCUUCGCCCUGCCGCCGGACUGGUUCCCUUACUACGUUGAAUGGGUGCUCUCGUUUCCGCGCGCUCCGAUCGGUCAUGUCAGUAUUCAGGUUUGGAGCAAUGUGUGCGCCAGCACGAUUGCGGUUGUGGGUGAGAUUCUUGGGGCUGUGAUUGCGCGGGCUCUGGCGCCGAAACAACGGAAGCAAGAGGCUGCUGCCGGUGCGGAAUCAAACUUGAAGGCGGAGGAACUGGAUUAA